AUGAGAUAUAUAACUAAUCAAGAUGAAUAUCCAAUAUUUGGUAAUGAAACAUAUUCUGGAAAUUCAUUAGUAUGUAAAUCAGCAAUGCAUGAUGGUCGAAUUGCUCCAUGGAAUGGAGAAAAUUCUCCAGUAUUAAUUCAAAAUACUUCAACACAAUCGUCUAUAUUUUUAAGUGCUCUCAGAAAUGGAAUUCUCUCAGCUAAAUCAACAUCAUCAUGGUAUAAUAGUUAUAGAUUUGCUAAUAAUCGAAUAAAUGAAACGUCAAUAAGUGAUAUUGCUAUUGAACAUCGAGGAUUUCUAUAUACACAAAAUAAAGAAUCAAGUAUAACAUGUCGAAGUAAAACUGAUUUAUUAUCAAUUCAACCAAUUAAUAUUGAUAAUGGAUGGAAACAUUGGAUUGAAAAUCGUUUAAAAUAUUUUACAUUUCCAUGGAAUAUGACACGAGAUCAAGCAUUAACAUUUUGUUCAAAUAAUAAUGCUACAUUAAUAUAUUGGUUUAAUACAACUGAACAAGCUAUUCUUCAAGAUGCUAUUUUAACGACGAUUCAUCAAUUAUUUCGUUAUCAAAGAAAUGCAGCUGGAAAUGAUACACUUACUUUUUUUAUUGGUUUAAAAAGAAUUAAUCUAAUCCAACAAUGGGAAUCAAAUAUUAUUAAUUCAAAUGACGAACGAAUUGAAAUAAAUGUAAAUUCAAUUAAUAAUAAUGAUGAUUAUUGUACAGUAAUUCAAGCAUCUGGUGGAAAUCCUCUAUCAUAUGAAAUAUUUUCUCAUCGUUGUCAUGAUGACUAUAUAAGAGGAUAUCCUCUUUGUAGAAUUAUUCCAUCAUUAAUUGAUCAACAAAGUGAUUUUAUUUAUCGUCUUGAAACAGAUAGUCAAUCAGGAAAUUUAACAGGUGUUAUUGAUUUUUGUUCCGAAUUAGGUGGUUAUCCAAUUUAUGCUAAUAAUGCUUAUGAAUGGCAAUUAAUUCAAGGUUAA